UCUCUUUUUUUUUACAAACCCCAAAAUUUCAAUCUUUAUUGGGUCUCCCUACUCUCUACUUUUUUUUUUUUUUUUGGUGUGGUGGUGUUGUUGCUUUUGAAAAAAAAAAAAAAAAAAAACGCUUUUAUGUUUUUUGUGAUUAUAGAAGUGUUGCACCGAUGAAGUUUGGGAAAAGAUUGAAGCAACAAAUUCAAGAAACGUUGCCGGGUUGGAGGGACAAGUUUUUGUCGUACAAGGAAUUGAAGAAGCUUGUCCGGUCGAUUUCUUCGGCUCCGACAUUGUUGAACGGUUCCUUCGAAUAUGGGAGGGCUGAGGAAGAGUUUGUGUACUUGUUAAACAAUGAGAUCGAGAAGUUCAAUGCUUUCUUCAUGGAACAAGAAGAGGAUUUUGUUAUCCGAAAUAAGGAGUUACAACAGAGGAUCCAGAGGGUGAUUGAUAAAUGGGGACCUAAGGGGAAUCACCCUUCGGAGGCAGAUUAUAAAGAGGAAAUGGCAAAAAUCAGAAAAGACAUAGUUGAUUUUCAUGGUGAAAUGGUGCUCUUAGUAAACUACAGCAAUGUCAAUUACACAGGGUUGGCCAAGAUCUUAAAGAAGUAUGACAAGCGAACGGGAGGCCUAUUGCGCUUGCCAUUCAUUCAGAAGGUAUUGCAGCAGCCCUUCUUUACAACCGAUCUUAUAUCAAAACUUGUGAAGCAAUGUGAAAGCACCAUAGAUGCAGUAUUCCCAGUUGAAGAUGAAGAGAAAACUAGAGAAGCAAGGGAAGCAAUAAUAGUUGCAGGAGAAGGAAUUUUUAGGAAUACUGUUGCAGCCCUUCAGAGCAUGCAAGAGAUUAGAAGAGGAAGCUCAACUUAUGGUCACUUUUCACUGCCUCCACUGAACUUGCCUGAUUCUGAACUCAUUCAGUCAGUACAACUCAAUUCUCCUAUACCCACUGUGUAAUAUAGAUGAAAUGUAUUAAACAAUAACAAUUCUAUAACACGGUAGUUGGUUAAUAACUUCAUACUCCCUAUGCUUUAGGGGAUACAUGCUGUAAUAAAAUUUUAGUAUAUUUACUCCUGGAGAGUUAAAGGUAGUUUUUGGGAAUCAAAUUUAGAAAUCGUUUGAAUAGAA